CACAGUGCCAUGCUGCAGGUUGGUACGGCACUGUUAACUAGGCUGGUAUGAAGGGGUGUUGUGCCUCAGGGGGGUGUGGCUGUGCGCACCUCUGUCAGAAAGUUCUGGGCAGGUGUGGGUGCUGCUGCUUCAGACAGCAAGAGUCAUACACGUUGACAGCGCUCAGUGAUGUCUCCUUGCCUCCUGAUACACCUUCAACUCCCAUCUCUAUUGAGAACCUCUCUCCAGUCUCACCCAGCAUCAGCAUCUGUAAUCAGCCUCUCUCCACUAGUCGGCCAUCCACAACUCCCCAGCUCUCUGUCAAGGCCCUCAAGAGAUGGUUGAGCAGCCCAGUUCGAAAGCUGAGUCUGGGAGGAUGUGGGAAGAACUCAAAGGUUAUUCAGUGCCCAGAAGGUUCAGCCUACAUGCUCCUCUCUCUCUCAUCUUCCCAAAGUUCAAUGAGUCCCAUAGAGAAGUCCAAAAAUCUGCCCCACUCCAACAGAUCUUUGGACUGUGGUGAACUUUCAGGACCAACCUCUCCUGACAUUCCCUAUUACACCAGCUACCUGAAUGAUCUACUGCAGAGACAUCACUCUUGUAAUGUGCUUCCUGGGAAGAGUUGCUCCUCUGUGACUGACGAGGCAAGUGUCCAAUCACAGGACAUAGAAGAUGAUGAAGAAGAGAGAAGAACUGCCUUAGAGAAAAGCAUCUAUGUGCUGACAGAGUUGGUUGAGACGGAGCAGCUUUAUGUGGAGGAUCUGGGGCUGGUAGUUGAGUCUCUGUUAUUUCUUGUUCUCUCUCGUUCACACCUCCAGGGUUAUAUGGCCACAAUGAACAGUGUUGGUGUUCCUGAGUAUUUGAAGGGGAAGGAUAAAAUUGUGUUUGGGAACAUUCAUCAGAUCUAUGACUGGCACAAAGACUUCUUCCUUGGUGAGUUGGAAAAAUGUGUGUCUGAACCUGACCUGUUGGCACAACUCUUUAUUAAACAUGAGCGGCGACUCAACAUGUAUGUGGUCUACUGUCAGAACACGCCAAAGUCAGAGCACAUUGUUUCAGAGUACAUUGAGACUUAUUUUGAGGAACUGAGACAACAGCUGGGUCACAGACUGCAGUUAAAUGACCUACUCAUCAAACCAGUUCAAAGAAUCAUGAAAUAUCAGCUGCUGCUAAAGGACUUCUUGAAGUACUACACUAAAGCAGGCAGACAAACAGAAGAGCUUGAGAGAGCAGUGGAGGUAAUGUGUUUUGUUCCAAAGCGGUGUAAUGACAUGAUGAAUGUUGGAAGACUACAGGGUUUUGAGGGCCAGUUGGGGGCACAAGGGAAACUCCUGCAGCAGGACACCUUCACUUUCAUUGAGCAUGAGAACAGCAUCCUCUCCCGUCCCAAAGAGAGACGGAUCUUCCUCUUUGAACACCUUGUUAUCCUCAGUGAGCCAGUUGACCGCAAGAAAGGCUUUUCCCUGCCAGGAUACAUCUUUAAAAACAGCAUCAAGGUCAGUUGUUUGGGCAUUGAGGAUUGUUGCCCUGAUGACCCUUGUCGGAUGGUGUUGACAUCUCGAAAUGUUGAUGGAAGCAUGCACCGAUUUGUUCUUCAUGCAUCAUCACCAGAAAUCAGACUAUCCUGGGCAAAUGUCAUCAUACAGAUUCUGGAGACACAGCAUAACUUCUUAAAUGCCCUGCAAUCUCCUAUUGAAUACCAGAGGCAAGAAAUUAAAUCCCUUAGUCCUAGAAAGAACAUGACAACAUCACCUUCACUGAACUCUGGCCUGAGACCCCAUAACUCUGCCUCCAUAGACCGACAGCUUCUGCCCUGCCUGUGCUCCUGGAAUUCUUUACAUACCUCUGUAAAUGACUAAAAGCUUUCUGUCUGUCUUGAGAAGGCACCCGCUCAUCUUCCUUUGCUAACCUGAGCAGAGGCCUGUCUACAGGAUAUAAGGGAUAAUCCUAGUUAUGUCCAGUAAAGCUGAAUUAUUCUUCAGCCUGCCAUUUCAAAUUGAUAAUUCCGCACCACACAAACGGUAAAUCUAUCUUAACUGUCAGUUCCAUUUCAAUGGCACAAUUUUGACCCAGAUGUAAUGGAACAUACAUUGUAAUAAGCAAUCAUUUGUAGUUUCUACCUUGAGACAUUUCAGCCUAAUCAGGCCCUUAAAGGGAUAGUUCACCCAAAAAUAAAAAUUCUCUCAUCAGUUACUCACACUCACCACUUACUAUGAAUUGAAGUACCUUUUUCUUUACUCUAAAUCUUCACUUUCACUUUUACAUUUGAAAGUCACAAUUGGUGCCUGUUUAGUUUCACGUUCACAUCUGAAAGUGAAAGUUAAAGUUAAGAUUUAGAGUAAAAAAAAAAAAAAGAUUUUUUUGUGAAUGUUUCCUUUAUGUGAUUUUUGGAGCUACAAAGAUCUGAUCACCAUUCACUUGCAUUGUAUGGACCUACAGAGCUGAGAUAUUUUUCUAAAAAUCUUUGUGUUCUGCUGAAGAAAAAAAGUCAUACACAUCUGGGAUGGCAUGAGGGUGAGAAAAUGAUGAGAGAAUUUUUAUUUUUGGGUGAACUAUCCCUUUAAAAUGACUUGCAUUGUUGUAACCUGAUUUAUUCAGGUUGACUCUGUCAUAUUAAAUCAUUUCUUUGACUUGAAUAUAAACAAUCCGAGUAUGUUUUUCUGAGUAUAUUUUAACUUAAAAGGAAUUUAAGAAAUGGGUUGUGGGAUUAACUUUGUGUCAUUGACAUGAUAUUGUUCAUGGAAGGCCGAGAAUUAUAUCAAAGAUUAGAGUAUAUGUUUAGCUAUUGACAAUGAUAUCUAAUUUUGAUACAUUGAACAGAUUGAAAUUGUGAGUGGGGAGCUAUCUUUAUUUCUUAGUUUAUGUUGUAUAAUGUGACCUAGAGGAAAAUUUGAGGUAUUUGGCAUGUCAGGUACUGUAACUUACACAAGUGUGUGUACUUGAUCCUCUUGUAAAAAGAUAUAGAAGAUCUACAUAUCUAUCUAAUGUUUUACAAUCUCUCUGUAUUUCAAUCCUUUCGAUUAAAAGAU